UGGAUUGCAUAUUCUCAAUCCUAGUUGGUUAGAUGUUGGUCACAUGACCCUGUCAGAAAUCUGAAGCAGCUAAGUAAGCGCCCGUGCGCCUGUCGGAGCUCAGACAGCCGGGCGUGACUACGAGGGGAGGAGUGCGGAACGUCCGGACAACACAAGACACACGUUCAUCUAUAGAUUUACCAUGGACAUCUUCAACAACAGCACCAACGGCACCAACGGAACCGAGAUGAUUCCGUUUUUCAUAGAGAAGUACAAGCACGGGGCUGGCGUCAUGGCUCUCAUCAUAUUGGCAUACGUUCUGGUCUUUGUGCUGUGCGUGGCUGGAAACAUCGUCGUCUGCACAGUGGUUAUCCGGACCCCCACCCUCAGGACGGUAACGAAUUACUUCAUCCUGAACUUGGCCGUCAGUGAUCUGCUAGUGGCCAUAUUCUGCAUGCCUUUCACGCUGGUGGAGCACAUUCUGACAGAGUACCAGUUUGGGGACUUCCUGUGUCGAGUGACCCCCAUGAUCCAGGGGGUGUCCGUGGCGGCGUCAGUCUACACAAUGACGGCCAUCGCUUUUGACAGGUACAGGGCGAUCGUGUUCCCGAUGAAAGAUCGGAUGACCCUCCAAGGGAUGGCGCAGGUUGUGGUCGGCAUCUGGGUGUGCGGUGUCGCCAUCAUGAUCCCCCAGGUCUUCGUUCUUGAAGUUGUAUCAUACAAGCCAAACGCUCACAUCUCAGUGUCGGCUUGCAUUGAGAUUUGGCCAAACCCAGCCUACAAACAAGUAUAUACAGCCUCGCUUUUCUCACUUGUGUAUGUCAUACCCUUGUUGGUCAUUUUGUAUCUGUAUUGUCGUGUCAUACACAAACUGUCAACAACGACUCCGUCUACAAGUCAGAAUGGGGGUCGUCCCACCCAGUCCGCAGUCUCGCGAAAACGUGUGAAGGUCCUAAAGAUGUUGAUCACAGUAGUGGUGUUGUUCGCACUGUCAUGGCUUCCCCUGUACACGUGUUGGAUGCUGGAUGAAUUCGCUGAUCUGGCUCUGUGGCAACGGGCGAUCAUAAGCCAUUAUAUCUAUCCGAUUGGCCACUGGCUCGCCUAUUCCAACAGCUGCGUCAAUCCCAUUAUCUAUGGCUUCUUCAAUUCCAAUAUUCGAAAAAAUCUAGACAGUCGGGAUUCGAAGAGAAGAAAAGAGAUAGAUACUAGAGCCAAAAAGCCCUCGCCGACACCUACUACAAAGCAUACGCAAUUCAGACGCGACGUUAUCGAGAUGCAGCCUCUGAAUUUCAAAUAGUCUAAUUUACUUAGGCCUGCUGAGGUCCAUCUUUGGGCAUGGGCCAUGGAUUAGUUCCCUCAAUCUCAAGCGGUCCUGGGUCCUCCAUAUCAGUUGCUCCUUUGCACCAUCACAAAAUUACAAUAGAAAGUCCAAGAAGCAGUUACUCAAGUAACUGGAUAUGAUUUCGAUCAUAUCCAGUUGCUUGAGUAACAGCUUUUGGGCGUAUCUUAUUACCUGAUGGAUGGUUGCCGACAGAGCCUGCUGGGCCCACCUGACUGCCUCAUGUGUCAGACGACACUGGAGCCCUUAAGUCUAAGUUAUUAACUAGAUGUCUAAUCUUCACCGACGUACAAUAGAAAGGUUCUCUUAUAUCUAUAACAGCCUUUGCUUUAUUCACCGACGUAUUAUGUGAAAGAUGCCGCUGUGUAAUUUAGAAAAGUGGACCCUAUGGGUCUAACAUCUCAAAGACUCAGGACGAUACUGCUGUGGGCAUCUAAUUCAUGAAAUUGUUAUCAAGGAAUUACCUCCCAAAUGAUAUUUUCUUUGUGGCCGUGCACACCGCCUUAAGAUAUCAAGCGGAAAAUCGUUUUAUCCGUGCAAAACGAUGGCACAUAAUUUUUGUCAAUCCCAAGCUAUAUCCCUUUUAGCCCUUUCUUUAUAACGCUUCUCCAAUGCCGAGGAAUUUCAUUAAUGUCCUUUCCUCUUUAUCUGUAUCUCAGUAAAAUGAUCCAUGUAAGAUAGGGGACCAUAGUAUGACCACAUGUAACAUUCCAGGAUAUUCUUAAUAUCAUAUUUUUUAAAUUUUCAUCUUCAUUGUCGCCGAGGUACCUUCAUUACUUUCCAUCGCCCUUUGAGUUUGUCCCAAGGUUCCACCAUCUCCAAGCUGUAUUUCAUUUUUGUCAUAAAAACACGACCAUACCUUCCCUUUUUGUCUAAAAAAAAUCCCACUUGCCAAUUUUGGCCUUCGAUUUUUGAUCUUUGUAUGUAAAUGUUGUAAGCCAAAAUAUUUAAAAAAAACUUUCGAGUCCCUAGUCGGUUCCAAUCUUUUCCCCCAAAAAAUUCCCGACCACCGCAUUUCGCGAUGAUGUAUUCACGUAAAAUUUCAAGGGAAGUUAACCAAUGAAAAUCAAUUUGGUGGUCUAGAACAGGCGGGCAAUGAAGUGGCAUAAUAAGGGCCUUGCUGACUCGAACUAUCAUAUAACACUUUGAGUACCGUCAUGCUCGGGUGCCUAUCAUGUACUCUUAAGUGCAGAGUUCUACCUCUGCCAUUAGACAAGUGUUCUUACUAGUAAUUUGCAGAAGGGCUACAAUGCAAGAGAGAUGAACGUUCAGAUAUCGUCUGGAGCACUUAAUAUUAUGGACUUUAAUGUAAAAUGUAAUUAUAACCGACUGUUAUGAAGAUGUUGUUAAUCCCUUCAUCUCUAGCAAUCGGGGUAGAAUAUUGUGAAAAAUUGUGUUCGUCAAAGUACCUAACUAAAGCUAUUAACCUGUCACCACUAUGGCCGACUACCUUUUGCCAUCUUUGCGUGGUGCUAACAGGUCUAAGCUUUCAGCUUUCAUUUUUAGAAGCAUUUCUAAGAAGAAAAAAUGACGCUAUGUUAGGUGGCAACAUGACAUAAGGUUAACGUUAUAUCCUGAUUAUGAUGAUGAAAUGAUCUGAGAAAUUGAGCCCAUACAAGAUAGGCUCUACAGGCAAAUACUUGUGUGGUGAUGCCCUUUAUUUUGAAUGUAAGGAACUGGCCUUCAAGAUGAAGAGGAUGAUAACGUAACGUUACCUCUAAAAAGACGACAGACAGAUAUUGGGGUUGUUGCCAACUCUUACUUAGAUAUACGUUUGUCACGCAAAAAAGCCAAUAAAACAGGGAAUAGACUAUCAGAAAAUGCAUUUCGAAGGAGAAUGGGCGAUUUUUGUUUCGUUUGGUAGAGGAAAAAUACUAGCCCAAAACGGACAUUGCAUAUCACUAUGAUAUUGCUAACGUCGGUUGUUGUUCAUGUAUUGUAGUUAUGUUUACAUGGUGAUCAAUAUUGGAGGAUACAUAGAGUUGUCCAUAAAUGUAAUGUUUCUGUUUUAUGUUCUUUGUUGAUGUGAGAUAAACAGUCGACAUAUCUAGCUAAAUGUUUAUGUUGUUUCUUUCCAGUCUGGAGAGUUUUUGCAUACGUACUUGAUGAUGAUGACUUGUGAUUCAAUGUUUUGAACAUGUGUGUUGGCGAAUGGUAUUGUAAUAAGAUGGAACAAAGGACUUGUACUUUCACUUUCCACAUUAAGUAUACUUGUCACAGAUAAUAUCUUGUGAUGUAAUUAUAAGUUGAGCUGACAUUGCUAUGAUAGUGCCGUAUAAGGUGACCGUGUUUUUUGUGCUAUAAACAGUACCAGUUACAUGUGCAUUUAGAUGUCAAUGACAAUGAAUAUCACACAACCAGGUAUAUUGAAACAGUUUCAUAAGGUGUUUAAACCGGGUAAGACGUUUCAGACCGCAUCUCCUGCCUGUCAUUAUUGAAAGCCCACGAGUCCUUGGUGGCUAGUGGAACAAGUAGGACCAAUUGUAUAGUUACAGUGUGGCUAGGAGGACGAUGAUAGUUAUAGUGAACAGAUAUCUUUUAUCUUUUAAUCUUUUAUCUGAUAUCUUUUAGUUGUAACCCAGAGGUUUUGUUAUUUGAUGCGUUUUUGUCCAGGGAGAAACCGAAGCCUGGUUCCGAAAAAAUGUCAAUUGGACAGCAAGUACGAUAAAAGCUGGCACCGGUAACGUCUAAGUUCGUCUGAUCGUGAUUUGUUUUGUUUUUUGUAAAACAAAGUCUAAAUUGGUUGACUUGUCCAUUGCGUAACUUGAAAAUGGUAUACUAUAUAUUUCUAAAUGGCAUUGUAAAGGAUGAUAUUUGUUUAAUAAAAGUGGUGGUGAUUUGUGCA